UGUAAUAUGUCUGUUUCUUUUCUACGCACAUGGUCAUGUUAGCUCGCUAGUUGGUCAAGGGCUGUGCUACAGUUCUCAAACGAUUUUUGGACGGCAUUUGAAGGUGUUUCUGUCUGGCGCAGUUUGUGUGCAAUUCAAUUAGCAAGCGCUAUAUCACACUGGUUAAUAAAACCAGUUUCUUUUUUUUCCCUCAAAAACUUUUGGUUCCACCAUCAACUGCUGAUAGUCAUGUCGACCAACACAAAUAAAAGCUGCCCCAUUCCCACUAAGAUCCUCACCCUUAACGACUGGUCUCAACUGCCCGACCGCUACAGCCAGACACCCGGCGGGACCCUUUUCUCUACUACGCCUGGAGGAACCCGCAUCAUCUACGACAGGAAGUUUUUGCUUGAGUGCCGAAAUUCCCCCAUCGCCAAGACCCCCCCUUGCUGCCUGCCCCAGAUCCCAGGAGUGACAGUCCCGGCUACACACCCAAUUGGAAAACUGCAAGACCUCAAAGAGGAGAUGGAGGAGGAGGAGAAGGACAUCGCAGAUGACAACCAGUUCGAGAUGGACAUCUGAGUCGAUUCUACCUCCCAUGGAGAGAGUGCUUUUGUUCCAGCGCCUCUGUGGUCUCCAGUGACUCUCAUGCGUUAAAUAUAUACAUAUAUAUUUUUUAAAUAUAUAUGUAAACUUUUUUUCAACUUGUUUCUUUUUUUUACAUAAAUCUCCUGAUUUAAGGAAACUAAAAUAAUGGAAAAAGAAUAAACUUAGGGUGCUACUAACCCCCAGAAAAAAAAUAAAACAACCAAUCGCAUGAUUCCUGUUGAAAUGAAAGGAUUGGUCGAUAACUCCUCAGAGCGGCAGCAGGAAGUUGUACCAGGGAGUCGGUUCUUUAUUUCUUUUUCUCCUUCUUUUCAGAUGGUAUUUUUUAACGUUUUUUUGUAAAUAAGAACACGGUUCUACGUUGCGUUUUUUUUUUUAUGCGAGGGAACGCCACUCGUAGAAGCAUUUACGUUAGAUCGAUCACAAUGCAUGUGGCUCAUUCCCACAGCAGCUAUUCCCCACCCUUCUUCCUAAGAGGGGUCGUCGGGGGGGGGGGGGGGGGCUCCCAGCAGAACACACAG